AUGCCACCAUACAAAAGCCGAGCGAGUACCUUACGACAACGAAAAACGGGGGUAGGAGAAGAGAAGAAAACCGAAGAAUCCAGUGAAACCGUUACCAGUAGCAAUAAGAAAGCUAACGAGAGAAGAAAAGAAAAAGCUAAUUUACUACUGAGUACCGCACGAAAGAGAACCAGCAAGAAGGAUACAGUUCCGGCAGAAGAUAAAAGCAAGCAAACCGACGCAGCCAUAACUGGCUCCGCUAGAGGUGCUAGUACUAGCGGGAUAAUUCGAUCCACGACAAAGUCCGAUCCAUCAGACACAACCAAAGCAACAAUAUCUGCAGAUAAGGACAGAGUCUCCUCUGGUACUGCCGGAACAACUCGAGACAAGACAAGAUCUGCCAAGGCAAGUAAAAGCAGACGAACCGAAGCGGCGAUAGCUGCAAAUAAAGCCAGAUACGACGCUAAACUUGCUAGAAUUGCCAGAAUUGCCAGAAUCAACAAGGCUAAAGCUAUGAAAAAGUCUGGUCUCUCCGAUAUCAUUUCGACAAAUACUAUUACAGAAGAAGAAAUCUCCAAAAUCAGAAAUGAUAAUAACAAGAUUCAAAAAGACAGUAACACUACUGUAAUCGAAGAUAACGCUAUUACAACUAUUCCGUCAACUUCCAAGUUAUUGAAUUCGUCUGCAGAUGAAGGUACUACCAUG